CAGUCCGUCAGCGCACGUCAACGCCGCGGAGAGCCGGCGUGAUUGACGUUUACGUCGGUGACGCCUGAGUGCGCGAGGACGUGGGGGUUUCUGAGAGUGCGCAGUGCGUGCGUCGGCGGCGACCCUUCGGCCUUUUUCGGGAGGGGGCGACGCUGAGAUGGGGGCGGCGGCAGCCGAAGCGGAUCGCACUCUCUUUGUGGGCAACCUUGAAACGAAAGUGACAGAGGAGCUCCUCUUCGAGCUUUUCCACCAGGCUGGUCCAGUAAUUAAAGUGAAAAUUCCAAAAGACAAGGAUGGUAAACCGAAGCAGUUUGCCUUUGUGAAUUUCAAACAUGAAGUAUCUGUUCCUUACGCCAUGAAUCUGCUUAAUGGAAUCAAACUUUUUGGAAGGCCUAUCAAGAUUCAGUUUAGAGCAGGAAGUAGCCAUGCCUCACAGGAGGUCAGUUUGUCCUAUCCCCAGCAUCAUGUUGGAAAUUCAAGCCCUACUUCCACAUCUCCUAGCAGGACGGUGGAUAACAUGACUCCAUCAGCACAGACAAUUCAAAGAUCUUUCUCGUCUUCAGAAAAUUUUCAGAGACAAGCAGUGAUGAACAAUGUUUUGAGACAGAUGUCAUAUGGAGGGAAAUUUGGUUCUCCACAUCUGGAUCAGUCAGGAUUUUCCCCAUCAGUUCAGUCACAUAAUCAUACUUUUAACCAGUCUUCAAGCUCCCAGUGGCGCCAAGAUACACCAUCAUCACAGAGAAAAGUCAGACUGAAUUCUCAUCCCUACGUGAUGGAUAGACAUUACAGCCGUGAACAGCGUUACAGUGAUCUGUCUGACCAUCAUUAUAGAGGAAACAGAGAUGAUUUUUUCUAUGAAGACAGGAAUCACGAUGGCUGGAGCCAUGACUAUGAUAACAGAAGAGACAGUGGUAGAAAUGGAAAAUGGCGCUCAUCUCGACACUAACAAGUGUUAUAAGGAUUUUUCAUAGGGUCAUUUUAGGUCCUUUUUGUUAAGUUGUUUCUGAGAAUGUUUUCUUAAACUAUAGAGCAGCUUUACAAGUUGCCACAUUUCUUUGUAAAAAUUUUAAAACUCAAUAGCAAUUCAAUACAGACAUGAGAAGAAUUGUGGUUCUAGUUUCAUUACAUUCAUAGCCUUUCACCUCAGGGUUUUAAAAAGAGGAAAGGGUUUUAUGCAAAAGAAAGUACCACAGUUCCUAAUCAUUUUAGACAAUUGACUAAAGGAUGUAUUAUAUGGAUUAGUUGUAUUACAAAGAAAAUAUUUUAAUUAUUUUUUUGUAUUGCAAGAAGCUUCUUGGUGGUGAAUCAGAUUUUUGGUGUAUAUAAUGAAAAAUAUUCAAGUUGAUAGUCAGAACUGACUCAGUAUUUUGUUAAUAAGAAAAUGUUUAACUUCAGUGAUUCAUUUUACUAACAUAUGAGAAAGCUUUUUGAUAAAGUUUGGGGAUAAACCAUAUUUAACUUCUCAGAGAACUUAAGUUUAAGUUCUGUGACAUGAUCUUGAGCAUAGAAGUGUACAUCUAAGACAUGCUAUUUCGUUGUAAAAUUUUAGAAUUUGCUAAUUAAAUCGAUGUAGGACUGAAGCCACUCAGGAAGUUAAAUAUCACUAAAUGUAUUUUUUUACAGUAAAAAUACAGUGUUAAUAUAAAUCCCCUAUUUCUGGAAGAACAAAAAUAUAAAUGCAUAGUUGGAUAAAUGGUAAAAUGUUUUACUGAAAAUGUACUUUUUAAAGUACUGCCUCUCUGACUCAAACUUUGAAAAUUUUAACAUUGUAUCCAGGACAAGUGUACAGGGACACAUUUUAUUAUGGAUAGUGUACAGGUUGCCUUUUGUUUUUGUUUGAAUUUGAAAGAAUUUAGUCUAAUGAUUUAAAAAUUUUUAAAUCUUGUUUAGCAACACUUUUAUGUAUCAAGAUGCUGUUUCCCUUUCAUUGUAGAACUUGUUUAUAAAAAUUAAUUCCUUGUAAAAUUUGAGUCCUUUUUAAUAUUAACUACAGCAUUUGUACUAUGUUGCUUUUUAAUAUAUUGAAAACAAAAUGAAA